GGGGCGGCAGACUUCCCCGGGGGGUGGGACAAGAUAGAGAGGAGGGUGGUCGCACGGGACCUGCAGGGGCGGUGACAAGGCUGGGCUGAAUGGAAUGGGGUCGCAGGGGAGGAGGACGAGGCUGGGGAUUUUCCCAGUCCCUCCGCGCCCUCUCUCUGCUCACAGAGACUUGGAAGAGGCCGAAAAAAGGAGUAACUUUCUCAACCCACCCCUCAUCCCUGCCUCCAUCCCGCAGAACUCUCGCUUCCUGGGCUGGGCCGGGCCGGCCGCCCCGCCCCGCACGUGCCCAGGCACCCGCUGAAACGUGGGGGCGGGGGCCGGCCGGAGCCUCCCGGAGCCAAACUUCGCCGCGGCCCCAGAGCCCGGCGCGGGAGCCUGGGGGCGCGGCGGCCGAGAACCCCGGUUCUCCGGAGCCUCCCACCCCGCCUCCCUCGGCGAGGAGGGCGCGGAGACUCCGCUGAGGGCGGAGGAGGAGGCUGGGAGGCGGGGAGGGUGGGGGGGGAAGAGGCAAACCCUGCCCACUCGGCUCGGAGCCCGGAACGGCCGCGCAAGUCUGAGGCCGGCGCGCAGGGCGAGAGGGCACCGGGGGCGGGGGGCGCCGCUCCGCGCCUCGACCCUGCUCUUUUCCCCCUCCCCCCAGCCAGGAGAGCCGAGGCUUCUCGGGCUUUGGAGACGGCGGACGAACCAACCGCGACUGCCGGCCGCCCCGGGUCAAGGACUUGCCCCACCCGUGCCCCCCCACCACCAGGCGCUCCCAACUCACUGGUGAGCGCGGGGACCCGGGCGCUGGAUGCGGGGGCGGCCGCGAUGGCCCCGCGCGCGGGACAGCCGGGGCUCCAGCGACCGAUGCUGCCGGGGCUGCUGCUCGUGGCGGCGGCGCUGAGCCGGCCCGCCGCGCCCUGCCCCUUCCAGUGCUACUGCUUCGGCGGCCCCAAGCUGCUGUUGCGCUGCGCGUCGGGCGCCGAGCUCCGGCAGCCGCCGCGGGACGUGCCACCCGACGCGCGCAACCUCACCAUCGUGGGCGCCAACCUGACGGUGCUGCGCGCCGCCGCCUUCGCCGGCGGGGAUGGGGACGGGGACGCGGCCGCGGACGGGGAGGAGGCGGCGGCGGCGGUGGGCGUGCGCCUUCCGCUGCUGACCGCGCUACGCCUCACGCACAACAACAUCCAGGUGGUGGAGGACGGCGCCUUCGACGGGCUGCCCAGCCUGGCGGCGCUGGACCUCAGCCACAACCCGCUGCGCGUGCUGGGCGGCGGCGCCUUCCGCGGGCUGCCCGCGCUGCGCUCGCUGCAGCUCAACCACGCGCUGGCGCGGGGCGGCCCUGGGCUGCUGGACACGCUGGACGCCGCGCUCACCCCGCUGGCCGAGCUGCGCCUGCUGGGCCUGGCGGGCAACGCGCUAAGCCGCCUGCCGCCCGUCGCGCUGCGCCUGCCGCGCCUCGAGCAGUUGGACGCGCGCCUCAACGCGCUGGCCGGCCUGGGCCCCGACGAGCUGCGCGCGCUCGAACGCGACACGGGCCAGCCCGGGCCGCGCCUGCUGCUCGCCGACAACCCCCUGCGCUGCGGCUGCGCCGUGCGCCCCCUGCUGGCCUGGCUGCGCAAUGCCACGGAACGCGCGCCCGACGCGCGGCGCCUUCGCUGCGCCGGCCCGCGGGCACUGCACGACCGGCCUCUGCUGGACCUGGAUGAGGCACGGCUGCGCUGCGGCCGCGGCGACCCCGACGGGCGCGGGGAAGAGGAGGAAGCGGCUGGCCCGGAGCUGGAGGCCUCCUACGUGUUCUUCGGGCUGGUGCUGGCGCUCAUUGGCCUCAUCUUCCUCAUGGUGCUCUACCUAAACCGUCGCGGCAUCCAGCGCUGGAUGCGCAACCUGCGCGAGGCGUGCCGGGACCAGAUGGAGGGCUACCACUACCGCUACGAGCAGGACGCCGACCCGCGCCGCGCGCCCGCCGCGCCCACAGCCUCGCGCGCCGCCUCCCCCGCCUCCGGCCUCUGAGCGCCUCCACCUGGAGCCUGCCCCGGCCCGCCUGGGCCCAGAUGGCAGGCUCCCUGCUGGGGAGCGCUCCGAGCUGCACCCCUCGUCCUGUUCUCCGUGCGCUUCCACGGUCAGAGACCCGGAGACGCCCCUUCGAACUGCAGAAACCCCGCCUGCCCGCCCACCGCAGGUUCUGAAACAGAGACCGAGAAAGCCCGGGUCCCUGCCGGGGGGGGGGGG